GUCCGCAGCUAGCUAGCUUACGCGCCGCACACCUCGCGAUCAAUAUUGCUUAUUUUAUAAAAUUGCUGUAUAUCUUUAUUUAAUUUUCGUAUUAGUAAAUCAUUCAUCUUAUAAUAACAUUCUUCAUUUUCCGCCUUCAUCUAUUUCAUUUUUCCUGCUAUCGCUUAGUCGCUUUACUGCUUAGUUUUGUAGCUUCUUUCGCACUCAGCGCGGGUUCGAUUCUCGUGAAAGUUAGGAAUAGGUGAACCUCGCUUAUUCCUACAUAUCAAUAUAUACUUCACAGCUGUUGUACAAUUUUAAAAGAUAUAAAGCUUUGAUACGUUCAACAAAAGUACUACUAUGUGACUUCUAUAAUAAAUAUAUAUACACAUAUUAUAAUUAUAUGUAUUGUAUAAUUACGAUUGUUGAGCCACACAAAAGCCAGUAUCUGAGUAGUGCGGAGUAGUGGCGCGGAUGCCGCCGGUUGUUCGUAAACAGAUUGCUCUACGAAUUUAUAAGCCAUGCUGCUGCUACUGACGUGGGUGGUGGUGAUCAUCACAGCAGUGGCUUUGUACCUACGCCAGGCGUACAGCUCCCUACGCCGCGAUGGCAUCAACCAUUUGCCAACGGUCCCACUUUUCGGCAACAUUUUAUGGUUAAUGCUCCAGAAAGAGCACUUCGUUGAUCUCAUAUCGAGGAUUAUGAAUGCUUUCCCUGAUGACAAGAUAGUUGGAAACUACGAUAUGACGACUCCAAUACUAAUAGUCCGAGAUUUGGAAAUGCUCAAGCGUAUCACAGUGAAAGACUUCGAACACUUCAUAGACCGUCGAAGCUUCACCACUGAAUUGGAUCCUAUGUUUGGGAGAGGUCUGCUACUUCUGCACGGUGACGAAUGGAAGGCAAUGCGGUCUACAAUGAGCCCAGCCUUCACCAGCUCCAAGAUUCGGCUGAUGGUGCCAUUCAUGGAAGAAGUUUGCUUGGAAAUGAUCAAAGUGCUUAAGCAAAGAAUCAAGGAUUCUGGAACUUCUCACUACGACAUGGAGUGUAAAGAAGUGAUGACUAGAUACGCAAAUGACGUCAUCGCCUCCUGUGCCUUUGGCCUGAAGGUAGAAUCCCUGACAGCUGACAGCGAGUUCUACCUGAACAGCAAGUCCAUCACCAAGUUUACCUUUUGGAGGUUCAUGAAAAUUAUGUUCUACCGGCUCUUACCUUCCGUUGCUCAGAUGAUGAAGCUAUCGUUGGUGCCGAAAGAGACAACAGACUACUUCACCAACGUAGUCCUUGGCACAAUGAAAAACAGAGAGAAGAACAAGAUCGUGCGGAAUGAUAUGAUCAACAUCCUCAUGGAGGUGAAGAAAGGACAACUAACUCACGAGAAGGAAGAUAAAGACGCUGAUGCUGGUUUUGCUACAGUUGAGGAGUCACAUAUUGGAAAGAAACAACAUAACUAUGAAUGGACUGACACAGACUUAGUAGCACAAGCAGCGUUGUUCUUGUUCGCCGGCUUUGACACGAUUUCCACGGCAAUGUCGUUCAUACUGUACGAACUGGCACUGAACUCUGACGUGCAAGAUCGGCUGGUGCAGGAGAUCAGGGAGUAUGAUGCCAAGAACAAUGGGAAGAUUGACUACAGCAGCAUACAGAGCAUGACCUAUUUGGAUAUGGUGGUAUCAGAGGGAAUGAGGCUGUGGCCGCCAGCUCCUUUCAUGGACAGGAUAUGCGUGAACGACUACAACAUUGGCAGACCCAACAAAGAAGCUAAAAAAGAUUUGAUCAUUCGUAAAGGUCAGUGUGUGUUGAUCCCAGCGUAUGACCUCCAUCGUAAUCCUGAAUACUUCCCUAACCCUACAAAGUUCGACCCGGAGCGGUUCUCGCAUGAAAACCGGGACAAAAUUAUCCCCUUCACUUAUUUACCGUUUGGAUUGGGACCUAGGAAUUGCAUUGGAUCCCGUUUCGCCUUGUGUGAAGUCAAAGUAAUGCUGUACUUGCUGCUUCGCGACCUGAAACUGACUACUGGUGAGAAAACUUGCAUCCCUGCAAGGUUAAGCAAAAAUGGAUUCGAAAUGUUAAUCUUCGGAGGUGCCUGGGUUCGCCUGUCUGUCCGCACCGAAUAAUGCAAUAAUAAAAUAAUAUUAAAUAAU